ACAGCGACCCACUCUCAGCGAGUUGGUUGACGCGUGAGGCAAGUUUCCUGCGCCUCGGCCAUCACCGUGAGAAACUUCUUGCGCUGACAUGAAGGCGCUCGGCGGCUGCGGACGGACCUCAUGCGGGGAUAGGAAGCCGUGAUAGCGGGUUCGGGUGGAGGAACCCGGUCCGGCCCGGCCCGCUGCUGGAGCAGAAUAUGGGUCAGACCGCUGUGUCUGCCGUGUCCCAGUCAGCGAGCGUUGAUGGCCUGGAGAAAUCAUCUGUGGCCAGCUGUGACGUGGUGGUGGACAACACCUCCAGUACCCAGAAUGCCCAUGGGUCACGACAGCAGCGAGGCAAGCUGUCGACGCUGGGAAAGCUGUUCAAACCCUGGAAGUGGAGGAAGAAGAAAACCAGCGACAAAUUCCAAGAUCUCUCCAAAGUUCUAGAGAGAAAAAUCUCCACCAGGCAAACAAGAGAGGAGCUCAUCAGGAAAGGGGUCCUCAUCCCCGAACAAGAUGAGCCGAUCAGUAGUGAAAACCUCAACGGCCACGCGUCGUCCAGUUUGACCCCAGAGGAAGUCAAAGUGGACAUCGAGUCUCCUGAAGCCCCAGCUGAGGGACCAGCCGCUGGACCAGUCGGCACAGAGGGAAAGACAUCAGAGAAGAGCGUUACUAAACCUCCUGGCCGGACAAACCAGGUGCGGCCUCGAGACGCUCCAGCUAAAAAACAGCAAACUACCGCUGUGGCCACUGCUGGGAGAGCUGCUGGCAGCACCACCGCCGCCACCGCCGCUGCAACCAGGCACAAAGAAGGUGCCUCAGGAGCUAAAAAGACAGCUAAGGCCACAGGAAAGACCGCCACGUCCACACAGGCUAAAGCUAACCCACGGCACACUAACACCGCAGGUCGAGGGGUUGCAAAAUCAUCAAAUCCAAAGAAGACGGGAGGCGCGAGUAAAGCCACCCCUACCACCACCUCCACACCUCGUUCUCGGGUGUCCAAGGAUGCUGCGGCCCGGUCUGAAGGAACAGCUGCAAAGCCCAGCAGGAAAUCGGACCCUCCAACUUCUUCGUCUGAACCUCAGAAAGCCUCCACAGAGACUCCUAGUCAGCCUGAGGAGUUAAAAUCAUCUCCACUUUCCUCACACAGCAAGUCUCAUCCAUCCAAAACCUCUGGAAGCAAGACAGAGGGACCUCAGGUUGCGUCUAAACCUGAUCUAAAUGACAUUGAUUCAAGGGAAGAGACUCACAAAGUUGUAGCUCCUGAGACUACAGACCAGUCGUCUCAUAUCAACCAGACUACAGAGGACACCUCCUUCACAGGAGGAGAGAAAAACAACAGCGCACAGGGGGAGAAACGUGAAAGGACAGGAGUGGAGGAAGGAGAAGAUGUGGAAAAGCAAAGAGAAACAGAUUGUAGUAAAGACAACGGCUCAAGGUCAGCAGAGGGCGAGUCAGAAAAGCCUCAGGGCCUGAGCGUGAAGACGGAUCAGGCUGAGGUGACCGUCAUCCCCGACAGGCCAAGAGACAGCCAGACCAGCGAUUCUGACUCGGACGGGCCGAUCCUGUACAGGACCGACGAUGACGACGACGAGGACGACGAAGAUGACUACACAAACAGCUCUUUGGCCAGCAAGAUCCGCCGACGCGACACCCUGAACAUUAAGCUGGGCAACCGACCCAGCAAGAAGGAGUUGGAGGAGAAAAACAUUCUGCCAAGAAGCUCGGAGACGGAGAGACACGAGCUCCGCCAGCAGAUAGGCUCCAAAUUAGUCAGACGCCUGAGCCAAAGACCCACCACAGAGGAGCUGGAGCAGAGAAAUAUCCUCAAACAAAUAAAUGAAGCUGAGGAGAAAGAAGCCAAGCAAGAGAUUAAAAGGAGACUCACCAGAAAGCUGAGUGUGAGGCCCACAGUGGCAGAGCUCAUUGCUCGGAGGAUCCUGCGGUUUAACGAGUACGUGGAGGUGACGGACGCCAAGGAUUACGAUCGGCGGGCGGACAAACCGUGGACACGGCUGACUCCUGCCGACAAGGCUGCUAUACGUAAGGAGCUGAAUGAGUUUAAGAGCCGAGAGAUGGAGGUUCAUGAAGACAGCAAACAGUUUACAAGGUUCCAUCGGCCAUAAGUGCUCCCACGGCGCUCGGACCUCUCCCUGUCGUCUGCAUUCUCGCCUCUUUUGUCUCCGAACCCUGUUGACAUCUUUGAGACAGACACUUUGGUCUGUCAAAGCAGGGAAAGCCCAGUUUCUGUAUAUUAAGGCAACCAUCUGGUUUAGACGAGCCAGGGUGUUCUCGGUCAGAGGACAGUAGGAUGUUUUUUUAUGUUACCAUCACUCGAGUUGGCUUCUCCUGCUAAAACGUUCAAAAUGUCGUCUGUGAGGAGGAACUGCAGCACCUGGAGAUGCGCAUUCAUGUCUUUGACGACAUCUGCAGGUGUGUCUUAAGGCAUCGGCCACGUUGCGGCACCUAUGAAACAUUUGCACAUAUCUAUUGUGAGAACAGUGCUGUGUAUAGCUUGCUGAAUAGGACCUCUUAUUUAUUGUAGAGUAUCAGAACCAUUGGGUAUUUUUACUGCUUUUCUUUUUAUCUGUUUAUUUUUCUUCACUUCAGGGCCUUGUAAUGAGAGGUUUCAGGGUGGAAAGACAAACAACGUUGCCUUUGUGCUUGCGAAUGUGGCUCAGAUGUGCUAGAGCGGCGUGCUUGCUCGGUUAUGCCAUAAGCUUACAAAUGCCCAUAUAUGGGCAUCCUCCUGGAACAGGAAAUUGAGACGGUCUGGGGAGGGGGUGAGGGGGUGUUCAGGAUGAUGUCAGUGGCUGUGGGACAGAUUGCACAGGAGGGGAGGCAGUUUGUUCUGCAGGGUGAACUUUUAGACAUGCGCCAAACGCCGCCACUAGAGGGCACCGUGUCCCAGAAGUUCCAGAGCCGGGAUCCUGCCGCGUUUGUGGAUGAGGAGUAUCCUGCAGUUGUUACGUUUAAAGCUGCUGAAGCUUUCUGAGAAGUGGACACCCGGGGCUUAAACAGUGAAGUGUAAAUGAUAUCAGCCGACUCAGACCCAGUUCUGCCUCCUCUGCACAUUUUCUGAUGCUACACGGUGACCAUGAAAGGUUGUGUGUCCUGCGCCGAGCUGUUAGGUGCAAACCAAUGAUUGCAACAUGCUUGCUUUGCUGUUUUGAGGAUGUAUAGUUUAUUUCAUUUACAGUUUCUCAUUUAGGUCUUCUUGCUGGGGCGUCUCACUCAGAGGAGUUGGUGCCAAAUCACAAACAGGAAUUUAAUUCUGGGUUGCCUUUCAAUUAAAAGGUUAGCUUUUUUUUUCUGGAAGGCUAUAUAAUGCUGGGUUUAAGUUUUGCCAACAAUGCAGCCAUCUGGAUGUUAUGUUUACCAGAGUCUCUACCUAGUUUUCAAAUGCACUGCAAAGUCUGUGUAUUAUUAUUAUUAUUGUUGUUUUCAUUUUGCAGUUCUCUAUGAAAUUGAAGCUUUUCCUCAGUUGUCAUAUU